AUGGCUCCUAUGGCUUCUCCUGCCGCCUUUGUUGCUACUCGCUCCCAAGUGGCCUUCGCCACCUGUGCCCGAGUGACCAAUCCAUUCGUUCCUUCGGUCAGCCUCAAGUUCGUCAUUUCUCUGGCUCUAGCCAACCUUUUCACCGUGCUCCGCGUCCCUCAUCCUCCUCUCAAGGUCUUUUCGGUCCUCCACCCUGUCGCUAGUCACUUCAAUGCUGGAACUGCUAACAAUUUGGUCAUGUUCAAGCCAAGUGUUGUCAUCCUCGUCCUUUUGCCGGCAUGCAUGUUACGUCCUCUUCCGACCCUAACUGGUAUUUGGACUCCGGUGCCACCAAUCACAUGA